AUGAAUGAGGCCAAAAAGUAUACACAAGUACUGGAGGAAGGCACGUCCCCACACAGUAAGAAAGUAGAUGUGAGCCGACCAAGAACAGUUGUGAAUGGAAGCGAUAUUUACAUGCUUGCUGGAAAAUACAGCCGGACAGCUGCUACUAAUCCGCAGGAGAGGGGUGCAGGUGACUGGGUACUUUUGCUGGUGGAGGGGGAAGUCAGUUCUGAAGAAAGUGGCAGUAAUAAAAAAAUCCGGUGGAAUAAGAACCAGCGACUGGCCGGCACUUUCCCUGAGGCCGAACGGGAUUCCUUGAUGCAGCUGGUUGCAGGCGGUGGAUCGGGCGUUCAGACGGAUGACGGAACGCUUGUGCUGCCAGUGGAAGGCACGACGAAGAAGGGUGAAUCAGAAAAGGGUGGAAAGACCGUCUCACUGUUCAUAUACUCCUUGGAUGAUUCUGGUUGGACGCUGUCGAAGGGGAUGUCUGACGGUGGCUGCGGUGUUCCCUCCGUCGUGGGGUGGGAGAAGGACAAACUCAUGAUGAUGACUGCGUGUGCUGAUGGCCGCCGCAGGGUGUACGAGUCCGGUGACAGGGGAGAUUCGUGGACGGAGGCACUCGGGACACUCUCGCGCGUGUGGGGCAACAAAUACGAGGAACAGACGAAAAGUGUUGCGAGCGGGUGCACUACAGCGACUUUUGAAAAUGGAGAUGCCAACAAAAAAGUGAUGCUCGUUACUCUGCCGGUGCAUUCUAAGGAGAAAGGCGGCGAAAAGAAGGAGAAGAGUGGACUCCAUCUUUGGCUGACGGACAAUACGCGCAUUGUUGAUAUUGGGCCGGUGUCCGAGAAGGACGAAGACGAAGUUGCCGCCAGCUCCCUGCCGUACAAAAGUGCUGGAGGUGAAGAUAAUAAUAAUGAGGAUAGGUUGAUUGCACUGCGCGAGAAGAAGGGCCUUGACGAAACACCACACAGCCUUUUGUCUGUGCGUUUGACUGAGCAGCUGGAGCGGGUGAAGGAGGUGCCUGCGACCUGGAAGAAGGUGGACGAACAUGUCUCCCAGCUGUGCCCCACUUCAAGUGCUGCGAAGAGUGCCUUAACUGACAAUGCCUGCAGCGCUGUUAAGAUUGCGGAUGGGCUGGUUGGCAUUUUGUCCGGCAGCUUCUCUAAUGACACAUGGAGGGACGAGUACCUCGGCGUGAACGCCACGGUGAUGAAAGGGACGAAAGGAGUGGCAACAGGGUAUGCCGAAGGUGCGACGUUUCAGGGAGCGCGUGCGGAGUGGCCCGUUGGCAGGCAGGGGGAGAAACAGCCGUACCACUUUGCGAACCACAAGUUCACUCUUGUGGCGACGGUGUCCACUGACAAGGCACCGAAGGAGGAAGAUAACUCCACUCCUUUUUUGGGUGUGCGUCUGGGCACUGAAGGAGGAUCCAAACUUAUGGAGUUGUCGUACAACAGCGAAAAGAAGUGGAAAUUGUUUUGCGCUACCGAAACGAACAGGGAGCACAGCAGCACUUGGGAGCCGGAGGCAGCACACCAGGUGGCCAUUGUGCUACAGAACGGCAACCAGGGCUCCGUGUACGUUGACGGUCAGCGUGUGGGUGGGGAAUGA